GCACUUAUCCAAAUUUAAUCUGUUAUGACGUGUUCAAAUUUCCGGAUGCAGACGACUUUUGCUUUCCAAAUCCAAGCCAAGAAAGAAAUUAGAUAUCCUCUUAAGUCCCAACUACUCAACAAGAUUUCAUAUCCAAGCUUAUGGAUCCUUUGAAUGUUCAAAUAGCCUAGGUUUAACUUAGAGCAGCCAUCAUGAGUGGCAACAUUCUGUUUGCCAUGAUUACUCGUCUUCGGGAUGGUUUGCCGUUGUCGGCGACCACGGAUCACGACCCAAGUCAGAGGGUUCUAGAAAGCAAGAAAUAUGCCAAGAUUCUUUCCAAGAAAGCCUCUCAAUUUCCAGACAGAUGCUCCAUGUUCACGGGUAGUCAUUGGUUAUACUUUAUUUCUUCUCUUGGUGUUUGUUUCAUCAUGAUGUGUGAAGAGAGCUACUCUAGUGUCCUCGCAUUCUGCUUCCUUGAUGAACUCCAGAGGGAGUUUAUAUCACUCUACGAAAAUAAGAAGGUCGACAAUGCCAUCAGACCGUAUGCGCUUAUUGAUUUUGAUCGUGUCAUACAAAAGACAAAGCAGAGAUAUAACAAUGCCAUGACACUAAACGCCAGACAGAAGUAUUCCGACAUGACCUUAGAGGUCAAACUCCGUCCACCCUAUAGAAUCAGCAUUGAUGAUAUUGAAUCAACGGGAAGAAGAAACAUCAAUGGAAUAAGUCCUCAUCAUAUUCCGAGCUGGCAAGCUGUUAAUGUCAGCAAUAACGGGGAUCUUCCAAAACCAGCAAAUUUCCGGAGACCUUUUUCAAGACUUGACUGGAUGGCUAAGCUUCUCGUCUUCCUUUCCGUGUUAUGCGGGACUUUAAAUCUUGCUAGGAUAAUGGCUGUUUUAACAUUUGGUACUUCACCGUAUGAACCAGAUGAAAAGACUAUUGUGCUCCAAGCAAUGGCACUCCUGGUCUUCUCCGCUCUCCUCAACUACUACCAAUCUUUUAAACUCUGGACGUCACUGGGUCAGAGGUCAUUGCGUCAGCUCCUGGCUUGCGUCUUAGUCAUCGUGUGCAAUUAUUCCCUUUAUAAACUCUACUGGCGAUUCCUUUUAACGUCCAGUUUCCAUUCGUUAGUAGCUGUUCUGGUGGCGUGGAAAAUGAGAGCCGGAUCGGGAGAUUUCAAGUUGCCAAACUACACAGUUUAGCUCUUCGUAUUGUCAGAGUUGAGCCUUGCAUGGGUCCUUCCUUAUCAUGUGUUUCACCAAGAGUUAGUCAACAUAGAGUCACUCAUCUUUCCAGUUGUGGCCAGUACGUAGUGAUCAAUGAGAUUUUGCGCCAAUUUGCACAUUGGCGGUAGUACUUAUAUCCUUUUGUGAAACACCCUAGGUGCGCUUUUUAUAAGUGUUGCAUGCUGUCCAUAUGAAACUAGUUAAUUAUUGUAAAAAGUUGUUUGGUGCAGUCAUAGGAAAGAGUUUUGUUGUUGUUUUUGAUAGAAAAUGUCAUUUCAUGGAAUUUACAUUGGUAUAUGUGUCAAAACAGUAUCAAAACUUUUGCAAUUUACAACUUUGUAUUCUUUUAUGGGUAUUAAAAAGUGUUCAGAAAUAGGUUUUCUGCUUUUUAUUUAUUCCAAUGUGAUGUCAGGAUAGAAUAUCAUUUGAAAUUUUCCCUUUAAAUCUUUUCUUUAAGUUGAAGAAUUUUCACAAUGAAUUAAAAAUCUGAAUCAGGCCCUACCCUGUCUCUUUUUUGGUAAUAAUCCUCUCAAAGUUGUAUAAAAAGACAUGCAUAACAUUUCAGCAUUCAUUGACAGAUUUAGAAGGAAUAGAGAAGGGGAAGUACACAGGUGCGAGCCAGUUAAAGAGAUUGAGAGGUAUAGAGAAAGGGAGAAGAUGAAGAAAGAGUUUUUAUUACAAAUAUACAUUUUUAGGUAAAAUGUAUUAAAGACAUCUCACUUGAACCACAAUUCUUUUAUCAGUAAUGUAAAUAUAUCCAUGUAUAUGUGGUAUUGACUUGUGAUAUAAGCUUCAAAAGGAAUUGUCACAUGUUUGCAGCUGAUGAAUAUAAUUUGUUCAAAAUCAAGUACAGUUAAAGUCGGCAUAAGGUGAUCUUAUGUAAGUCAAAUUAUCAGCUUUAUUGGAGCAAAGUUUCAGACCCGAACAUACAAACCAUGCAUUAUUUACAUCGUUUAUAACAUAAUUUUUUUUCUAAGUUAAACAUAUUUCUGAACUAAAGCAGAUUCACCUCCUUUUUUUUAAUGAUAAGAAGGAGACAUAUUAAAAAAAAAGAUGGAAAAAAAAGUGUUUUUUUUUUGUAGGCAUUGCAAAAGUUAUAUAAUAUUGUGAUUAUUAGCAUGCAUAGGCCUACAUCUGCCUGAAAUAUGUUCUGUAAAAAUACAAAAACAAAGAUAUCUCAUGAAUUGGUCUUUGACUUUCAAGCCAGAUAUGAAUUGUUAUGGUAUCUUCAAAUUAUUUUAUUUUGCUAUAUUACCAGGUAGUUUGGAUGUUGCAACAUGCAAUAGGCUUAUUCACUGAAUAGUGAUUGCUAAUGAACUUUCAUUUUUGUUCAUUUUUUUUUUUCAAUUUUUCAAUAAAUAUUUCAAUUGGUAUUUUAUGCAUUUCCUACAUGUAUGUACAGUAUAGACAAAAUUGAUUGGUCACAAAUAUUGUAUACUUAAUUUUCAGAUUGUUUCAUAUUGGUAUCAGCCAAUCCCAAUCAUAGGAAUUUUUACUCCUACGUCACAAAUAACUUACCAGUAUGUAGAUACCAGCUGCCCCCACAAAAACUUCCUGCCCUUUCCCUUAUUGGGUAUGCAUAUAUGUACGAAAAUUUGUAUGCCAAAUCCUACAGAUACUGUUGGGUUCAAAAUAAUGGCAAAAUCUCUCUCUUUUUUUUAAUCUGAGGGUUUUAUAUCCAAUAUUUGAAAAUGAUAAUGCUGAUUUGAAUGAUGGAAGGGGGUUUGUGCUUCAUCUGGCCAUUAAAUUGAUUUUUUAAAAGAAAAUAAUUCCUACAUUCCUAAUCCGUGUUAUAUACAUCUAGACCGACUGACCGAGUAGACAGAAUUUCUACAGUAUUUUAAUUCAAGAGAAAGAUCCCAUUCUGAUGUGUAAUGUUGACAAGUACAAUGUGUAAAAGUGGAACAUGGCAUAAACAUAUUUGAUGUGACAUUGAAUAUCUCUUGGUAUACAGUGCGUCCCACAAUAAAGGAAACCCAUCUUUGGAGUGAGAUAUCUCAAAUUGAGUUUUUAUGAUGUAAAAUGAAAGAUCGUAAAUCAUUUGGGAAUGUUAAAGAAAUAACUGGGAAUCCGGUUUCCUUUUUUGUGGGACGCACUACAUAAUGUGGAAAUGAUAAAGUUGGUCACAAAGAGUGAUUUCUUAAUAUUUAAAAAAAUCAUAUGAAAUUUGAUAAUAAUUUAUUGAAACAUGGUCACACGAUAUCAGGCAUUAGCCAUAAUGAUACUGUGUAUUAUUUGCUUUUUCAGUGAGAAAUGUUAAAGUUAUUGAUACUUGAUUGGUUAAACAAAGCCCACCAUUAAUAUACCUUGAAUAAAAACAAGAAUGGCAUGUUGUUUCAAUGAUACUGGAGCUGUAUUGGACACUCAUAUUUUUCUUUCUAACCAACCUGUAUGUUGCUAAUAUGAACCUACCAACUGUUGCAUGCAAAACAAAAUUGCAUGCAAAAUUAGUGGCUUUUUAAUAACCAACAGUUGGUCAGUGUAUAGUUUAACCAACUUUGGGAUUGGUAGGUUACGACAAAAAUAUGAGAGCACUUUCUUUUGAAAGGCUCUUUGUAAAAUCCUGUCAUUAUUCCUCAUUGUCAUUUUUUUAAUAGACGAGACCUAAUGAUGAAAGUUCUGUGGUUUCUUUUAAAAGGGCAUGGUGGCUUAGUGGUAGAGUACCUGCCGCGUGAAUGAUAGGUCGUGGGUUCAAUCCCUUGCGGAGUCAUACCAAAGACUUGUGAAAUGGGAUCUUCUGCCCACUAAUAAGGUGCCCUGCAUUUUACAAUGGAGUAUGGUGGUAAUAAUAACAUAAUGCUAUGCAUGGCUUAUUGGAAGAUUAGCUAAUUGGGUAUUUAUUAAUUUCGUUAUAAUUCAUCAGCAGUUUAAAAAAAACAGCCCCAUAGUAUAGUGAUUGAUUUAUUUCAGUUGAGUAUUAUAUUCUUAGAUAUAUAAUAAAAUGGAAUAAUUGUAUAGAUGUUCUAUUAUGAAAUGAUUUUAUCUUUUGAUAAAAUAAAGGCUGAAAAAGCAACUC